GCCGUGUGUUAUUAUGUUAAUAAUUAUGGCCCGUCCUUCAACCCCUCUCACAUAUGAAGCAAAUAUUUCCCGACUUGUGUGCCUUGGUAGAGCGAAGGAUCUUGCGGAUGGAAGGCGUGUGCCAACCAGUUGACGUCAGCCAGCUGGCAAAACACGUUUCCACAACGCGGUUGAGGAUUGGUUUCGCUACACUGGGCGUACGUUCGACGUUACAAUAUACGACCAUUUCAAAAGGGAAUAUGCCAAGUGAGACCGGAAAUCCAGCACAGCAGAGAUUAACCAUCAGCUCGAGGCUCAUGGGGGUAUCUCUCAGAAUUGUGCGAAGUGUGGGGAUAUACCUGAUGAACCGCUAAGGACCUUUUUCCUGAAGAGGCCCGCCUGUCAGGGACCAAUACUGAGUUAAAGGAGAAUACAGGACGGAGCCCUCGCUGGGGGAUUCAAAGUCCAAUAUGCCCAGAACUUUGCCAGUAUGGUUGGAGGUGUAGUUGGACAUGAGGGUGAAGGUUAUUGUUGAUGCGGCAUCUUCAAUUGAUUCCAGAGUGAGGUUGAUAUUGAUUGCCCCCAGUGAAAUUAGACCAACUAAGU